AUGUACAAGAGGACUCUGGUACGGGUUGAGAUGAGGAUCGGGAACCUGUGGGUCGAGACGGAUGUCGGAUUAUCCGAGCGGAGCGGAGGGGAGGUACCUGCAAAGAUACUCCGACGCUCAAGUCAGAAUGGAUCUAAGAGUUGGAUAUGUUUCAGUGUAAACAAAAUAAUGGAACGCUAUCAAAGGAAGGUCAAGGAUCUACAUAGCCUCAACACCAAACAAAUCCAAGAAAAUACACAGCAGGUAAAGGAAGGUGAUGACAUCAACAUCACAAAGAAGCUAGAGCAACUAGAAGUUUCUAAAAGAAAGCUUUUGGGAGAUGGUUUGGAUUCAUGCCCCAUUGAAGAGUUACAACAGAUAGAGAAUCAGCUCGAACGAAGCUUAACCAAAGUUAGGGCAAGAAAGAACCAAUUGUUCAGGGAGCAAAUAGAGACGCUAAAGGAACAGGAAAAAUGCCUUCUUGAAGAAAAUAGAAAAUUGAAAGAGAAGUGGCUUGAACAGCAACGGUCUUUAAGCAAACAAGGCGUGUUGCUUGUCGGAGAAAGGCGGCCAGCAGUGGAAGUUGAAGUGGAAGUGGAAGUGGAAGUGGAAGAGGAGGAAGAGGAAGAGGAAGAGGAAGAGGAAGUGGUAGAGACAGAGUUGGAGUUGUUCAUAGGGCUACCCGAGAGAAGAAUGCCUUAA